CACACACACUCCAAACACCAAAUUGUAUGGCACAUGCUCCUUCCAACUCAAUGGACCCCAAUACCCUCCCUUAAAAUCUAUGCCAUCCCUUUCCCCUCUUUCUUUCUUUAAUGCCUCAUUCUCUCUUUCUCUCUCUUCAUCCUCUCAUCUUAACAUCACAACACAAGAACCUUCACCCACCGCUGCAAAACGCCAUAAAUUCAACACAACACAACUUUCUCAACACACAGACAUGGACAAACCACAAACACUUCUCUCUCCCAACGCCACCAACUGUAAUUCACCGGAAUUCGAGUUCUGGAUGCUCCGAAACCCUUCUUUCCCUCAACCUCACCUUCUCUCCGCCGAUGAGCUCUUUGUCGACGGCGUCCUUCUCCCCCUCCACCUCCUCCCAAACAAACCACACCCCUCUCCCAAAGCCUCCACCUUUACACCUCCGAUCCACGAACCCGACCCCGAACCUGGUUCACCCCCCGACCCAGAACCUUCCCCUUCCAUUUUAACCGAACCCACCACCUCCUCGUCCGCCUCCAAACGCUGGAGGGACAUUUUCAGAAAGACCGAUAAGAAAAACACGGAAAACACCGAAGACAAAGAGAAAGGGAAAAAGAGAGAGAGAAAAAGUGGCACUUCAGCGAGUUCCGCGGAAUUGAACAUCAACAUAUGGCCCUUCUCCCGGAGCAGGUCCGCGGGAAAUGCGGGUACCAGACCCAAGCUCUUCGCCGGAGCUCCGUUGACCCGGAAGGUAAACAGCGCACCUUGCUCCCGGAGCAACUCCGCCGGCGAGUCCAAGUCCAGAAAGUGGCCCAGCAGUCCUGGCCGGGCCGGCGUCCACGUAGGCCGGAGCAGCCCCGUCUGGCAGGUCCGCCGCAAAACCUCCGACCCUCCUAAAUCUCGCCGAAGCAAAGUCACCGGCGGAGGAGGAACCGCGAGGGUUUUGAAUCUGAACGUCCCCAUGUGCAUUGGCUACAGGCACCACCUGAGCUGCAGAAGCGACGAGAACAGCGCCGUGGGUGUCAGUGGCGGCGGCAUCCUCACCAGCGGUAACAGUAGUACUACUACUAAUAAUAAUAAUACUCAUAAUAGUAACAGUGGAGGCAAUGAUGGAGGAAGUGGGGGUAACAUUUUUAACCUUCGCAACCUCUUCACCAAAAAAUGCGUAGUAACUUCUCACUAGUGUUACUUUUUAACCGCGCCAUAAGUUGUAUAAUUAGUGUUGUUUUUUUUUGGGGGUUUUAUUUAGAUUUUCGUAUACGGAAAGCUAUAGUUUCUCUUUUCAUUUUGUGACUUUGUAUGUAACAAAAAAGGUAUCUCUUUCUGACUUACAGAGGUUAGGAGUUGAAAUUAGAUUCGUUCAUGUCAUAGCUCGUAAAUGGUAUCUUUUCCUUUGUGCUCUUCCUCGUGUAAUCUGAAAUGCUUUAUCAGAAUGUAUUUACUAUUAUAUUA